UCGUGCUGCGGCUGCUGGUGUCAGUGUGUGUGUGUCUGUCUGUGUGUGUGUGAGUGAGUGAGUGAGUGCCUGUGUGUGUGUGUCACGGCUGCAGCGACACACAACCUGCAACACAACGCAUCUUCUCCUCCUCAUCGACCAGCUCCAGCGGUGUCGGAGCGGAUUACGCGUCCGGACCAGCCUCCUCAUCCCCCGCUCCAUGGCCAUCGCCGCCCUCUUCCCCCUGGGAGGUAACCUUCAAAGCACAGCGCUCAGCACAAUGGAUGACCAGCCGAGUGAUGGAGACGGACAGAAUCAAAGGACAUGCUCCCUUCAUUGUGAUUAGAUGAAGGGGACACCUUCGUCAGACCGAUGCAGCUAAAAGAAAAUUAACUACUUGUCUGGAUUUUGUAAAAGAAAAGAGGAAAUACUGAACUGGUCGAUUCCGUCUGUGCACCACUCUCUCUCAGCAUAGAGCUCAUGUGCUGACCGCCGCUCACUGUGAUGCUGGUUAUGAGUUGUCCGUCCACAACCAAUGAGCCAGAGAGCUGCAGCGGUGAGGGGAGCAGCGGCACCACCUCUUCCAUCACCACCUCUGAACCGUCCUCUAUGUCUGGACACUCCACUUUACCUUCCCUCAGUGACACCCCGGACACCUCCAAGCACCAGGCUCCCCCUCCUCCACCGCUGCCUCCCCCACCUCCGGGCGCUCCCCCUCCUCCGCCACCCCCAGGGACCACGUGCCACAAUGGCAGGAAGAAGCGUCGCGUGCGCAGCUUCUUCUGGAAGCCCAUCCCAGAGGAGAAGGUGCAUGGGAAGCCCAACAUCUGGACGAUGGCGGUGCGGCAGCAGCAGUACCAGAUCGACGUUCGCUCAGUGGAGGAGCUGUUCGGGCAACAGGAGGAGGCGCUGUCGGGCCUACGAGGGGCAACGCCGGCCAACGGGACGUCAGCUCGUGUAUCCCGAACCCGCUCAUUCAAGGAGAACAGCAAGGAUGAGAUCAGCAUUCUUGACUCCAAGCGGGGGAUGAAUAUCGGCAUUUUCCUGAAGCAGUUCAAGAAGUCCAACCGCUGCAUUGUGGAAGACAUUCGACGAGGAGAAGGGAAGAUUUAUGGGGCGGAGCCGCUCAAAGACCUGCUGAAGCUGCUUCCUGAGGCAGAGGAGAUCAAGAAGCUGCAGAUGUUUACAGGCGACCCAGACAAGCUGACGCUGGUGGAUUCCUUUAUGUUCCUCCUGAUCCAGGUGCCACGGUUCGAGGUCCGGAUCGAGGCCAUGGUCCUCCAUGAGGAGUUCGUCCCUUCCUGCGCUGUGAUGAGCCGCGAGAUCGAUGUCGUCCGCGUCGCUACUAAAGAGCUGCUGAGCUGUGAGGAGCUUCAUGCCAUCCUUCAUCUGGUGCUGCAGGCCGGGAACAUCAUGAAUGCUGGUGGAUACGCAGGAAACGCUGUGGGAUUCAAACUCUCCUCCCUCCUCUCAUUGGCCGACACCAAGGCCAACAAGCCGGGGAUGAACCUGCUGCACUUCGUCGCCAUGGAGGCAAAGAAAAAAGACGAGAAGCUGCUCAAGUUCCCAGAGAAACUUCAGGAUGUUCAGAGUGCGGCCAGAAUCUCGGUGGAAAACAUCGAGGUGGAGUUUUCUUCUUUAUAUGUUCGGAUUAAAUCUCUGGAGGAAAAGGUUCAAGGAGAUCAGGUGCUGCUGCAGCAGCUGGAGCCGUUUCUGCAGAGUUCAGCACAGACUCUUCAGGACCUGAAGAGACGCAGGCUGGAGCUGCGUAAAGAAGGAAACACUCUCAUCGAUUUCUUCUGUGAGGACAAGGACACGUUCAAGCUGGACGAAUGUUUCCGCAUCUUUCAGGACUUCUGCUUUAAGUUCAAGAAAGCUGUUAAGGACAACUUGGAUCGCGAGUUGAAGGAAGAGGCCCGACAGCGUCGUCUGAGAGAGCUGGAGGAGAAGCGUUUCGCGUGGUCGGGUGGGGAUCCGAGCGGGGGAUUCGGUCGCAGCAGCAGCGAGAAUGACGUGGAGAUGCUCACCAAGGACGGCCUCCUGGAUUUCUUCCAGCAGAGGUCUCAGAGUCCACACACCCCGCUGGGACGCUCUGCCAGCGCCCGCCGCCACCGUCAUACCAUGACCUCCAUAGCGGACCGCGAACUCCAGGGAUACCUUGAGCUGUUUGGCGGCGCCGGGAAUCCCGCUGACUGUUCCAAGUUUAACAGCCUACCUCGGUCGGGCCGCCCCGUGCAGCGGAGGACGACCCCGUGGAUCUCGGGGCAGGAUGACAACCGCGAGUUAGGCUGCGACAGACAGGUGACGUCUCCGUGUGCACAAACUGAACCAAUCAGCCCACUGGCCAGGUUUUCCUCUUCUGGGUUAAAUGGUAACGAGGAACCUCGCAACAACAACAAUCGUUACUCGUCUGUGUCGGAAGGCAGCGCUCUGCCGCGAUCCUUUUGUGUCUUUCAAAAGCCCAGCCCAACAAUUAGCAGCCACAUGAACGUUAGCGUGGAGAAACACACUUUAGUCCGAGGUCCUCAAGCCUUCGAGCUACCUGGUCCAGACAAUAACAGUAAUCACAUGCACUUUGUCAAUCAGGGGGAUUUAGUGGUGACAGAUUUGGAAAAGGAGAGACGGAUACCCCCUAAGAGUCUGGACAACUUUCCAGGUGAUAAACUUUUAGUGAUAGCAGCAGAUCCCAAGGAAGCAUGGGAAAACAAAACAGAUCCUCCCACACAGGCCGGGUCCUCUCCUGAAGAAGAGGACAACAGCACAGUUUCCUCUACCACCUGUGAUACACCCCUCCCACUCGAUACCUCACUAUCCAAUAGGAAGCCAGUGUUUUACGUACUCGACUGCACAGAGACGGACUGCUCUGUCGCUCUGGAUUACUCUGAGGCAGAAAGCUUGUCUCUAACUAAAGAGGGGCGUCAUUUCAGAACGCCGGACCGCAACAAAGAUCAGGAGAGCCAGCAAGAUCACAGCUCUCUGUCCUCGAACUUGGAGUCUCCCAACAACCAGUCUGUUUCCACCAAUGAGCUUUCGGCGCCGAAAUCUGUGGACGCAACAUCCAUGACGACGUCUUUGACAACGGAGGAGUGGGACACGGAGAGCUGUGACACGGCCGAGGGAAAACAAGUUGCAGUGAAAGAUGCACAGAGCAGCAGAAAACCGGUGCAAGCAAAGAGUAAAGUUAACAAAGCUGCAAAGAGCGGCGGAGUUCGUGUAGUGCGAAUGCUCACAAGCAGCGAGAGCCAGGGCAUGAGGAAGGUCGUGCCCAUCAGCAAGCCCACGAGGACGGGUGGCGGCAAGUGCGCAGAGAGAACUUUGGCGAAUGAGAGCGGGGAUUCACACCGUCCUCUCCGGGACCAGAGCACGCCAGCGAGAGGAAGGAGCGAGAAGACAACACGACCUCCUCGGCACUCCAGUCUGCCGCCCGAUGAGACGAAAGCUCAGAGGGGAAGCAGCCUCACCGGUGGCAUUUCAAGGUGGGCGCGCGAUGCGAUGCCAAGGAAGGCCUCCAUCCAAAAGCCGAGUGCCAAACCGCUGAGGAACAUCCCCAAGCCUGUUCCCGAGGAGAAAAUGUGCCGCUCCACGAUGAGAGCCUUGGCUCAGGCGCAGGCUCAGGCGCAGGCCCAGGUUCAGGCGCAGGCCCAGGUUCAGGCGCAGGGCGGGGCUUCGUCCGAGAACAGCAGCUCGCACGCCCUCAGCGUAAAGAACACCUCCGAUGUCCCCGGCUUCGCCCGAACCACCGUAGCAUCGUCCUCAAGAACCAAGAAUGAGCUGGGCCCCCCCUCCGUCCCCUCCACGCCAUCUCGCAGCCCCUCGCUCCUGGGUCGACAGCCCUCCGUGAAGCAGAACAGGUUGUCGCCCACGGUUCACGCCGGCGAGGAGCGGCCGCAAGGGACAAGCCUGCGGCGAGUGCAAAGCGUGAAGGCCACCAGUCGGAGCUCCCAUCGCAGCGAGACCCCGCCUCCAUCCCGCGAGGAUAAUCGUAAGACGAGUAGCUUUUCUGAGAAGUCGGGGAUGACGCCGAGCAGGAGCGCGAAACCGAGCUGGAAAUAAAACCACGCCCAGUGGAGACUUUCCCCCCUGAGCUCCAUUUAAAUUCAUCUCCUGACGUCUCGUUUUCAUUUGAUGCAAAAGACGAUCUCACCUUGAUGCUUCGUACCCGACUCUGCGUUCGGUUUACGAAUUGCAAAGAGCAAGAUGCAAUGAACUCCACCACAUUUUGUUCAUUCACAACUUCCUUCUUUUUUCUGAGGGUGGGGGGGGCGGUAUUAAUUUAACUGACAAAUGGCAAAUUGGUGUUUUUACCCAGGAGCCUCUUUGCCUGCUUAGCCGUCUGCAUCCUGUCUGUGUUAGUGUCCGUGAUGAUGUUGAACACUUCUGUCUGUGUUAUGCUGCUAAUUCGCUCUGACAGUUUGAACCUGAGCUUCAGUGUCUUUUGAUUCAGGGUUUUCUGAUUUAUAGAAAAUUGACCUUGCUGCUCUAAACGGCGUCUUUCAGUUUUGUUGCGUUUCCUUUGCUCGAUACCUCAGUUCAGAACUUGCAGUGGCCUUGGACCAGCAGGCGAAGUAGAAUAUAUUCUUUGGUUCUGCAUGAGAAAGAUGUAGAUGAAUUCUGAUCAUAACAGAAAUAUCCCUUUUUACAAAACCCUGGUAUAUAUAGGAUAUAUAUAUAUAUAUAUAUAUAAAGUCACAGAUUAUAUGCGCACAGUGUGUUGUACUUCUCGUACCUCGUGUCAGUAGUUUGUAAAUGUCAUAGAACUCCUCCAUAUUAUCAUGGAGUAGAUGUACACGUAGGAAAUUCUUCCUAUAUACUGUAGGCUAAUACACAACGCUAAUGCUCUGAAAGAAAAGCAUUGAAUGCAUCUGAAACAACAAACGCUCACGUGAUCUGAUGUUUCUUCUGUGAAUGGGUCAUGUUUUCUCCAGGUCUGCACAUUUCCUGGUUUAGUUAAACCGAACGUUAGCUCUGACUUCUCAUAAUGUAGCUCAGCACCAGUUUGUGUCUCUUAUGUGAUCACACACACACAGUUAGUCGUCAGGUAAAACACGAAUAAAAACACACAACUGCUGCUCUGAAGGUGUUUUCUGAAUCCUCAAAUAAUCUUCCAACCAUGGAAGAAUUUCAUCUAGAAUUUAUGUUAGUGCAAAGUCAGUAAAAAUCCAAAAACUUGAAGCUCUUAGAAACGCAAAAACAGCAAGAAAAACUCUUCUCUCUCAUUGAAAACAGUUACAGAAAUAUUCUUUUGCAUAAAAAAUAAGCUGUGUAACCUGUGACCUUUGCAAAAAAGGUAAAAUCAUGACGACAGUGCGCAGGAAUCAUUUGUGCACUUUAUCUUUGCUUGGAGAUAAAUUUCAUCGUGGCACCAAACCAUUUUAUUUUGGUCCACAAAAUAAAAAAUGUUGACAAAGGAUUUUUAACAAAAAACUAAAUAAUAAGUUAGCAAAACAUAAACAAAUCUUGCAACUGGAGGCACAAUUCUGAGGUACUUCUACCAUCAUAAAAAAUAUAUUUUAAAUAAACAAAUAACUCAGUUAAAUCUGGACAUCCUCUGGCAGAAAUUCAUUUUAAGAAGAGGCUUAUUGAUUUAAAACUUCUGUUGCUGAAACAGAAGUUUUCUUAACCCUUAUAUUUGUCUAUAUUUAUGUUACAUUAUAGUAAUCAUAUAUUUUCAUAUAAAAUAAUGUGUUUAUAUUUGUCUUUUGUUGUACAAAAAGAGCAAAUCAUGAUUUCUAGCUGCCUGGAUAGAAAAUAUUGUUGCAUUGUGAGAUCAGCCUUAAGAGAGAAUUUAUUUCAUCCAGAUGUUUUCGAAUGUUUUUGAGGAUUCUGGGAAAAUAAACCUACAAAGAAGCCGAAUGUGUUUUCAAAGAUCAAAAGUUAUUUAUUUUUCUCGAUUUUUCUGUUAAAUGCAUCGUGACAUCAAAGUCACCGACUGGUGCUAAGCUCCGCCCCAUUGACCAUUCCACACCUCUUGCCUUUCCACCUGCAUCGUGCCAUUAGCCUCGAUGGCGACAACAUUCACGACAGCACAUUGCCUUAAAGCUUCUGAUGUAGCCGAGCCGUCACCAGUAGAACUUCCUCGAUUGUAAAAAAAAAAAAAAAAAGGAGCGAAGGAACUUUCCUCCAUCACAUGGAACUCAAACAGUGACUCACUUUGUAAAUAAUGUAAAGACAAUAGUAUUUUUCUGACUAUCAACAUGUUUACAUAGCAUUAAAAAUGAAGGGUAACAGAGUGAAGUAAGGAGUAUGAGAGUUAACGGAUAUUUUUAAUAAUGGUGGAAGUUCAUCUUCCAUAUCUUCCAUCAGAUGAUGGAGCUUCCUGGCUGCAGGGCGCCGACACGCUGUGGGUUUCUUCCUCUUCCUGGUUCCCUGUGACUCAAGAGGAGGAAGUGAUGACACAAGAGAGUCAGUGUGCGUCCAGCUACAGAAACACGUCUAUUCACAAGGUUUUAAUUGUGAGAAUCAACUUUUCUUUCAUUGAGAUUAAAGCUAAAAUAACAAAGGACGCGUCAACUAUUAUAAAACUUGAGCUGCUCUUCUCUAACAUCAUUUACACAUUACGUCGGCUCUCUCUCUCCGUCCUCACGCUUCCUCCUUUGUGUCUCCUCCUGCUGACUGUUUAACGACCCCGGGCGUUACAAUGGCUGCCCUUUACGUUAUAUCACAGCGGCCUGCAGCUGUAGAGCCGCUGUGGAAUUUCAAUGCGUAUUUUGCCCUUUUCCUCCACUUCCUUGUUAACAGGGUGGUUACCACGGAAACAGGACUAACACCAAUUACCCCUACUGGGUUAAGGCCCUUUUAAGUGCUGUCCGCAAACUUUUGUCAAGUUAAACAGUUUAAAACCUGAUCACUAUUUUUGACUUUAUAUUCAUUAUUUAGAGAAUAUGUGUUUUUAUAUUAGUUCUUAUAUGUUUUCCCUGAAUUUAUCUUUCACCAAAUGAUCAAUGUGUCUUGUUUUGGUAUUUCCCCCAAGUUGUCUGAGGAACCAGCUGCUUAUUUUCAAACUCUGAUGUGAUUAUUUAUGUCGAGAACGUGUUGUAGUUUUCUCAGCGGUGGAUAAAACCUGUAGGUGCUGCUCUGCUCUGUGUCGUCUGGUCAGACCCGAAGAAUCGUAAUGUCGUUAACUCUGUUCCACUUCCUGUCUCUGAUGACGGCAAAGAAUGAAAUAAAAUCACAUGUUGCUGUGUAAACUGAAAA